GUCACCGCCAACUGCUCGUAGUAUAUAACCCACCUUUGUCUAACACAACGGGUUGCGGUGCCGCCAGUGCUGCCCAAACCUUUGUUUUACAUCGUCAUCUUGUCGACGGUUCGCGGUGCCUAUUUCCCUGAUCACCGCUUUAUCCACCCAGAAAAAACCACAAAAUAAAACAAUAUAUUUACUUGUCACAUUCCUCCUAAAUUUUGAUUAUACAGAACCAUUAGUUUUUUUCUGGUAAUUUGAGAUGGCACAGGCUCAGGUCCAGCCACAGCCACAGCCACCUGUUUCUCCUCAAAACGGGGUGGUCAGCCCUGGAGGGGGUCAGUUCUCGUCGACUUCCCUUUAUCUUGGGGAUCUUGACUUUAAUGUUUAUGAGUCGCAGCUGUAUGAUUUGUUUAGCCAGGUGGGUCCGGUCGUAUCGGUCCGGGUCUGCAGGGACGUGAGCAGCCGCCGCUCCCUUGGCUAUGGUUAUGUCAACUAUAGCAACUCCCACGAUGCGGCACGUGCAUUAGAUGUAUUGAACUUCACUUCUGUCAACGGCAAAAUGAUUAGAAUAAUGUAUUCUUCUCGUGACCCUACCCUUCGCAAAAGUGGUGCAGGAAAUAUUUUCAUCAAGAAUUUGGACAGAGCAAUUGACAACAAAGCUCUGCAUGAAACUUUCUCUUUAUUUGGGAAUAUAUUAUCUUGUAAGAUAGCAACUGAUCCUUCGGGGCAAUCUAAAGGAUAUGGUUUUGUACAAUUCGACAAUGAAGAAUCUGCCAGGAAUGCAAUUGAUAAGCUAAAUGGUAUGCUAUUGAAUGACAAACAAGUUUAUGUUGGACCUUUCCUUCGUAAGCAGGAAAGAGAAACUGCUGUAGAUAAGAAAAAAUUCAACAAUGUCUAUGUCAAGAAUCUUUCAGAUUCAACAACUGAUGAAGAUCUAAAGAAAAUUUUUGGUGAAUAUGGGACUAUUACUAGUGCUGUAGUUAUGAGAGAUGGAGAUGGAAAGUCUAGACGUUUUGGAUUUGUUAACUUUGAAGGCACUGAUGAUGCAGCUCGAUCUGUUGAAGCUCUCAAUGGAAAGGUUUUUGAUGAUAAAGAGUGGUAUGUUGGAAAAGCACAGAAAAAAACUGAAAGAGAAGCUGAGUUGAAAGGAAAAUUCGAGCUCACAGUGAAGGAGACAGUAGACAAAUAUGAAGGACUGAAUUUAUAUGUUAAAAACCUAGAUGACAACAUCACUGAUGAUAGGCUUAAGGAGUUAUUCUCUGAAUUUGGAACCAUUACUUCAUGCAAGGUUAUGCGGGACCCUAAUGGCAUAAGUAGAGGAUCAGGAUUUGUUGCCUUCUCAACUGCUGAAGAAGCAUCUCGAGCUCUUGUGGAGAUGAAUGGUAAAAUGGUAGUUAGCAAGCCGCUUUAUGUUGCACUUGCGCAACGGAAAGAAGAAAGAAGGGCAAGGUUGCAGGCACAAUUUUCACAGAUGCGUCCUGUACUGGUGCCAGCAGCUGCCCCCCGAAUGCCAAUAUAUCCCCCAGGAGCUCCAGGUCUAGGACAGCAGCUAUUCUAUGGUCAAGGACCACCUGCUAUCGUUCCUCCUCAACCUGGAUAUGGGUAUCAGCAGCAAUUUGUUCCUGGAAUGAGACCAAAUUUUUUUGUGCCAAUGGUCCAGCCAGGCCAGCAGACCCAGCAUCCCGGAGGUAGACGGUCUGGGGCAGGGCAAAUGCAACAACCUCAGCAUUCACUCCCUAUAAUGCAGUCGCCACAUAUGCUUCCUAGGGGGCGUGGCUAUCGUUAUCCUUCUGGUCGCAACAUGCCUGAUGGUCCCUUUGGCGGUGUUCCUGGGGCAAUGCUCCCUGUUCCAUAUGACAUUGGUGGAACGCCCUUCAGGGAUGCUACAUUUUCUCUGCCAUUGCAAACUGGUGCUUUGGCUUCGGCUAUUGCUAAUGCAACACCUGAGCAACAGAGAACGUUGCUGGGUGAAAAUUUGUACCCACUUGUGGACCAGUUGGAGCAUGAUAAUGCAGCAAAGGUGACAGGCAUGAUUCUAGAGAUGGAUCAGACCGAGGUUUUGCACUUGCUAGAGUCUCCUGAAGCCUUGAAAGCCAAAGUUGCUGAGGCUAUGGAUGUUCUACGGAAUGUUGCCCAACAACAGCAGCAGGGUGGUAGCCCCACUGAUCGGAUGGCCUUGCUGUCUUUGAAGGACAACCUUGUUUCUUGAGUUCCAUGCCAGUUGUGGCUAUGGCUAGCGGUAUACUAUGUUUAGUACUUAAUAUAAAAUGAAUGGUUGGUGUGUUUUUGAUGUUUUCCUUAAGAUAGGGGUGGCCUCAAUCUUCGUAUGCUUAAAAUUAUGCUUGUUUGAGACUUUUGGGAUCUUAUUCUCGCAUUAUGGUUGGAUAUUUAUUUAAUUUGAAUAUCUGGCAUAAGCCGUGAAAGCCA